AUGGUUCACAAGGUUUUUGGCGCUAGCAAUGUCAGCAAGAUGUUGCAGGAGCUUCCGAUUCAUCAGAGAGGGGAUGCAGUGAGCAGUUUAGUAUACGAAGCAAAUGCAAGAAUGCGAGACCCGGUGUAUGGAUGCGUUGGUGCAAUCUCCUUCCUACAGAAUGAAGUGUCCCAAUUACAAAUGCAGCUCGCAGUCGCUCAAGCAGAGAUUCUAUGCAUCCAGAUGCAGCAAGAGCCUGCCUUGCCGACACAGAUGGACCCACCUCCAGCUAAUGAGAAAUCAUUUCUUUUCUCGAGUAGUAACUUGAAUAAUCUUCACCAGUAUCUCAGUUUUGCUUCUUCUAGCAAUGUAAUCCAAGACCCUCUGAAAAUAGAGUCCCUUUGGACAUAA